CAAAAUUUCUACAUAUUUUGGGGAUAUUUAGGACAUUGUUGUAGGAAUAGGGUAGUAAAAUGAUUUGUUGGGGCGAACAGAACUGUUGCGGCGUAUUCCUCGAUCGUGACAAGAACGAUCGUUGCGAUUGCUUGCGGGACUUCUGCAUCCGGGACUAUCUUCCAGAAGAUCGGAUAACAGUGUCGGAGAAAGAUUUGGAUAAAGUGAUUAAGGCCUUGUAUGACAAAGAAGAUUUCAAUAUGGUCUAUACGAGCGAAAUAAUCGCGAUUAAGAGCAUAUUGGGCAACCCGAUGUACGUCAAUGAAACUAAGCAGCUUAUCGAUCGGCUGUCCCAGCGCCUCACCGAGCUCGAGUUCGACGUGGAGGUGGUCACGGUGCAGCCACAAGGCAAUGUGAAGACGCCGCAUUAUGUGAUCUUUGCCAAUUACUUCUCGACGCCCGCCAAGAACGUGGUGCUCGUCUAUGGCGGGGUGACCGUGAAGGAUGUGAACAAGAGCGAUUGGUCCCAUUACCCUUUUCAGCUGACCCAAUCGAAUCAGGAUCUUUUUGGCAAUGGCUUGACUUCCACCAAGGGUCCCGUGCUCUGUUGGAUAUUUGCCGCUCAAGCCUGGCUCGACGCAAUGCACGAUCUGCCGGUCAACUUGAGAUUCAUUAUCGAUACCUUCGACACCGAGUACAACCAGAUGCUGCGAAAGGUGAUUGACGAUCGUAAAGUGUUCUUCAAGGGCGUGGAUCUCUUGAUAACUACCACCAAUCUGUGGAUAACACCAACCACCCCGUUGCUCACCACCAGCCACAGCGGCUACAUUUACUUUGAGCUGGAGGUGAAAGAGAAUGCCAAGAAGAAUAGCCCAGAGGAGCCCGAGCCGGCGGAAGCCGAAAGCACAACAAAAACUAUGUCUUCAUCAAUUACGCCGAUUAUUAUAGGUGCGAGCGUGGCCACGCCCACUAAUGGGGUUAGAGGCCUCUGGAGACAGCAAAAGCCUCAUCAAUAAUACAAAACUUCAGAUGAGAU